CAUCAUCAUCACCAUCGCCAUCAGCACCGCUGUCGUCAAUAUCAUACUCACCAUCGAGGACAGCAUCAGCAUUGUCAUAGUGACCGUCGUCGCACACGUGUAACUUCCAUCGCCAGCUCGGUACAAUUGGGCGACCGUCAAUGAUCAAUCAGUGUGCAGACUAUGAUCUGAUCUGAUAUCUCACGGCAGCUGUCCAUCAGCGCACGGCGUGCUUACUGCCCUCAUUGCCAGAACCUCCCUGUCGAUCAUUGUCAGGAAGCCGUCACGAGAUCGCGGUCGUCGGGUCGCUCUUCAAUCAAACAUGGCUCGAGUUCCAUUCAAUCACCUCCCCGAAGAACUUCAGUUAUACAUCUUCCAACUUCUCGACUCGGCGCCACCGUCGGAGCAGAAGAACCGACACGAGCCAAGCCUGUCGCUGACGACCUCCACGGGUCAGCUCAACCUCAAGAACAUCUCGCUGGUCUCGCAUCAGUGGCGGCGCAUCGUACUGCCGGUGCUUUUCCGACAUGCCCGUCUCCAUCUGAACCCGCUGCCUCGACCUAAAUGGGAGAAUUGUCCAGCUUGUCUCGCCUACGCUUCCAAACACUGGGCGACAAGCCUGAAUCAGACAUCACCUCAAUCAGAUAUCGCUUCGUAUCACCGCUCGCAGCCAGCCAGCGACUCGCUUCUGGAUGUGGUUACAAGUGAUGCAUGGAACAACAACGAAAGGCUCGGUACGUUCAAUGCGCUGACCUGGGAGAGCCGAUUCUUUCAUCGUUCAAAUGACUUUACCCAAUUCGUCCGCCGCCAUGACCUCGUCAUUGAUAGCCUCGUCCUCUCAAUCGGCAAGCUGCUGCUGCCCCGUCGCGACCUCUAUCGCGUUCCAGCGGCUGCCGACCGCUUCAAAGCCUCAGCCGUCCUUUGGCAACGCAUACUGUCCGCAGUAGAUCCUGGUCGAAUAGUUAUCCUAGCUCCACCAGUCGAGCUCUCUUACCUGACCAACGUCGCCGUCGAUCUCUCCAGCGAAUGGGCGUUCUCCGACAUGGAUUUUCACAUCCUCGAGCUGGCCACCUCCUCCCCGCUGGAUGCACCCGACUCAAGGAGGCGGAGCAGUUGCGGCCUCUCGCCACUGGGACGAAGGAUGACCGAGGAGGAAUUCCAGCUCGACAACCUCUGCUACGUGCCACCUGGCGGAAAUACUAUAGCCCAAGCCAGCAUUAUGCGACUCCGGCCCUGGACCCAUCUUGGACUCAACGAGGGCUCCUUCCUCCGAGCUUACGGAACCUAUGAGUAUUUCGAGCGUGGACCGCCCUCGAUCAUCUACUCGAUCAAGAAUUGCCUCGCCUCGGCCGCCGCCGCCGCCGAAAAUUCCGAUGCCCAUGAACAGCAACAGCAACAACAACCAUCCAAUCACGACCAGGACCAAACCCCAAAUCCCGGUCCAUCCAACCCCGCUGCGUUGAAUCUCCACCCUCUCCACGCGAUCCGAAGUUUCAGCUACACCGCCAUCCUCCCAUUCGCCACCCACCUCGACUUCACCGGAAUCCUCCCACAGCUAACCAGUCUCGACGUGCAGCUGGCACCACACCCGACCUCCAACAUUCUCAACGACAAAUCGCGGGUCGGCCGCGCGGAGCUGGAAGAUUGCUGGCAGGAGUUUUUCGCUGGAUAUCGCUGGCUCACGAGCGUUUUCGCGACCUAUGCUGUAGCCGCGCCGCCACCGCCAACACAGCAGCAGCAGGCGGUCCCCACGCCAUCGGCAGGUCGGGAUAGCAGCAGCGGCGCUGGACCGUCCGUGCCGCUGCCUCUGCUGAAGACUUUCAUUUGCCGGGACAAGGAGCAUACGAGGAAUGAGAGCUUCCGGGAGGAGCUUGACGAGCUGUUCAUCCCGCUCUGUAAGUCGUCCCCAAUCUGUGAAGCCUCGCCCCGGAUUUCGGGCGUUCAAAGGCAAAGAAAGGUCUCCGAAAUUGACAAUCUUUCCGAUCUGAUCCGGGUUCGCAUCCCUGCUAACGGCUCCGUCCGAUACAGGUCUCCCCGUGUGGGUUGAAAUGGAGGAAGGCAAAUUCAUCCGCCAGACCGAUCGUGCGCCGCAGAUACACCA